GGUUAAAUGCGGUGGACCGUGCUUUCAGUUUUCCGCAAAUGCCACCAUCCAUCUACGGCUCCUGAUUAGGGUAGGUUUUAAUUGUCACAGCGGGUAGAACAUCUCCAAUGCACUUCUUUAUAAACAUACUCACAGAGUCAGCGUAUAGGACACAGGCAAUCCCAGCGAUGUAGGUGCAGGUAGAUCAAGCACCAGUGCAGCGAAGCUAUUCCAAUUUGUGUUUUCCCAUUAAAUUCACACAGAAUUAAGAUUUGCUUGCUAAGCAUAGCCCCCUUUCCUCUUUCACCUCAUUCCUGUAAUCCUCCACUAGCAAACAAUUGUUGCAUUGAAACUCCGGAUUGUCAAAUUGUUCCGGACAAGAAUGUAAUAAACACAGCUUCUACAGUGCUGCAAGUGUUCGUUAGCUAUUCCAGGCAAAGCGGUCUCCAUUGCAACCUAGUUAGCUAGCUAUCUGGCUAGUUGGUAGCAGGUGUUGACACAAACAGUUGUUAUUAUUUUUUUAUAAAACAAAGUAAAACUUUGGAAAACAACAUGCCGAAGCAACAGGUAGAGGCACAGGAGGUAUCCGAGUUCAUGGCCUUUGUUAUAAACACACAGACAGAGAAACACGUGAUGAGACAUUGGAAAUGCAAAGAGACUCCAGAAAGCGGUCAUAAAUUAGAUAGUUGACUUUUCCUACUAGCACUGACUUUGCUGAUAACUUCUUUAUUGAGGAAAAAUGUACAUACUAUGAACGCACUAACUUUAAGUUGCUCUGAAUAAGAGCAUCUGGUAAAUUACUAAAAUGUCAAAUAUUAAAAAUAUGUAGGCGAACAAUGUGAACAUAAUCUUAACAUUAACCAUUAGUCAAAUUAACCCCAGAAUUGGUAUAUAAACUCAAUACAUUAAGUAAUGACUUUAAGAAUGAAUACCUUCUGCAUUCAAAGAUAACCAACCUAUAGCACUAAACUAAACUUCACUUGUGUCAUCCUUGUGGUAUUGAGAGAUAAACAUGAUAAUGCUUCACUAAUUGCACAUGAAAGGAAGAUAGUUCCUACAUGAUAGAGUGCUUGCUUUGUUAUCCAACUGAUCUUGUGUCCUUUCCGUCAUCCUGUGAAUCCCGUUCAUUGCUGCUCACAGCUAUAUUUUGUAAAUUAAUUUACCCUCUAUUGACCUUUGUGCAACCUUCGCGGUUUCCAAAUAAAGUAAUCCAAAAUAAUCUACAGAAGCAUUCAUGUACAAUAAAGAUCAAUUUAUUAUCGCUGAUAAAUAAGCAAAAAAGAGUGUGGGAGUGCCAGGGUGUGAUUGAGAAACUCCAUCGCACAUGGCGGUGGGACAGUAUACUAUCCCUUUUCCUCUAUUAAACUAUAUUAAAUCCCUAUUUUUCAGAAUGUUUGAAACACAUAACUUUCCCUCGUUCUGUUCAAUAUAUAAUAUUUAUUUCCAUAUGAAAACCACUGAAGAGGGUGGAAAAGCUGGCACUAUACAGGUGUGUUCCUUUCUUUCCGGCCAGAGUAAGAUUUUAAUAGCUCAACAGAGAGUACCUUACCAUCUGCAUUUUUCCACCUGUAAAAUCUUAUGAAAUUUAAGUGUCAGCAUUAACUUAACGUCCUCCACCGAACCCUUUGGCCUCCUGAAAAAUAAAAAUAGUGCCCGGUUUACGAUGGAAAUGGAAAGACUUGAUCCUUAGACUACGCCUUGAGCUGGGUGCUGCCAAGGGCCAGGGUUGCAUAAGUGACAACAUUAAAGGCCUCUUACCAGGGUUUGGAGCUCAUUGAUGGUUCCCAGGACUCUGGCUCAGGGCUGUUGUGGGGCUUUGGGGAACAUCUACAAGAGGCUAAACUACUAUUUACACCUGGAGAAUAACAGGAACUAGAUAUUACUUUCACACUUUAUUUUUCAGACCUUGGGUGUCUGUCUUAUAGGAUUCAUAUUACAGGCCUCGUUGAGUCCUUGGCCAAUAUACCGGAGGUGUUGUUUCCUGAGAGACAGCACAAUGGUGAAUGAGAACACAUGCAGUGAUUUCUGUUGCGGUAGUUAAAGUAUUACUGACACACAGGAGGUCAUGAUGCACAAAGACAGACAAGGGGGUGUUGGUGGUCGUCAUGGCAUCCUGAGCUCCAUGUCCCUGCGCAGACAACACUCCAAACUCCCCCCUAAAGAGGUGUUCAACAACGUCAUGUACAUAGUGGGCGGCUGGACCCAGGAGGACCCCUCCUGCCCAGUGGAACAGUUCUGCCCCCUGGAGAAUGAGUGGAAGAACAUGGCCUCCAUGAUCAAUCACCGUGGUAAUGUGGCCGUGUGCGGCCUGUAUGGGAAGAUCUACACAGUGGGCGGGUCCGAUGGCGUCACCUACAAAAGCAAUGUGGACAGGUACGACCCACAAACUAAUACCUGGAGUAACGACGUGGCCCCACUGAGCAGCCCCCGCAGCGGAGUGUGUCUGGUGGAGAUGGAUGGAUACCUGUACGCCCUUGGAGGGUAUGACGGCAUGGUCUGCACCAACACUGUUGACAGGUAUAAUCCCAAAAUGAACAGCUGGACGAAGCAGGCUCCGAUGCUGAGCAAGCGUUGUGGGGCAGCUGCUGCUGUGAUGGAGGGUCAGCUGUACGUGAUUGGAGGCAGCGAUGGAGACGUACCCAUGAACACAGUGGAGCGUUUUAAUCCCUUGGACGGGAUAUGGUAUGUGUGCCCCGCCAUGCUGACCGCUAGAGAGAACGCUGGCUGCUGUGUGUACCUGGGACGUCUGUUUGUGACCGGAGGACGGGAUGACCUCAACCUGGAGCUCAGCGCUGCAGAGAAGUUUGAUCCAGACGCUCUGAGAUGGACCCCCGUCAAACACAUGAGGUGCAAGAGGAACAACAUGUCCCUGAUGGUGUUCAAUGGGUCGUUGUUGGCUGUAGGAGGCUCUGAUGGCAUUACCAAUCUGAAAACAAUAGAAGUAUACAACCACGAGUCAAACACAUGGAGACACUUUGGGAGCAUGAAGACCAAGCAUCCAGGAGGCCAUGUUGCCAUGUUGAACACAAAACAUGGUUACAGCCUGUAACUGGAUAUAACGUUGAUGGACAAUACCUUAUGGAUUCAUAAUAUUUAUUAUAUUAUUUAUUUAUAAUUUAUUAAGUGUAUGUCCAAGUAGUAAUCAUACCCACAAAUAUGAUUUAUAAAAUGAUAUGACUAUGUAACAUAGGACAAUUACAGCGGAAGCUGUAUGGAAUUUCUGCGACAGCAACUGUUAGACUCCUGUAAAUAGUGUUAUGCUUCUUCAAUAUAAAUAGUUUAUUGAUAAGUGUAUGAUGAAGGGAAAGGCAGGAUAGGAACAUUGAAGGAUGAUUGAGAAAAGUCAGUUAGGAUGUGUAUGGCUGUGUCCCAAAUGACACCUUACCCAGCUAGCACAUUUGGUUCCUUGGAAGUUGUGGGAAUGUAUGUUUUUGGUAUGUUUUUGGUUUUACAUUGGUUGUGGGAACGAAGCCAUACUUUUCUUGACCGGUAAAACUGAAAGCUUUUUAAAAGUUCUGAGAACAGAAGUAAAAAUGUUGCCUGUUCUGGGAACAUUUAUUUUUUUGUUUGCAGGGAGGUUCUAACUGAGAAUGUUUUACUCUGGUUCCUUGAAUGUUUUCCUCUGAGGUUUAAUUAAUGCUCUGAGAACAGAAAUUAUAGGUUAUUUGGAGAUUUUUGAAUAACUUCCUUAAAACUUUAAAUGAAUGUUUCAAUAACACUUUUAAUAAAACUGCUAGCUUAUUUUGGUUUAACUUUUUGAACUCCAAGCACAGGUAGGAAACAUGGAAAUUAAUUUAUUUAGGCAUUUAUCAUGCAAACAACUGUCCUUAGUCCACUGCGCCACCAGGAUGGAGCUAACAUGCCAUGUUUUUUAAUGCAUACAAAUCUAUUUAUUUUUAUAUAUUCAAACAGACCCAAUUUCAAAGGAAACAAGCACUCGUUAAGAUCAGGUGUAGCCAGUUAGUGGGCAAGGCCAACACACUUGAACACACUUAGCAAGAUAGAGGAUACAGAGAGUUUUGUUAAUGCUGAGAACAGAAUGUAUAUGUUUUUUAAAUAACAUUCUUAGAAUGUUCUCUGAACGUUACUAAAAAGUUUUCUUGUGGAUUUUAUCAAAUGUUUUCUUCACAUUCUUGGAACAAUUUGAGAACAUGACUUUAAAUAGAACCAUGAGGAAACCUGUAGGAAACGUUAUGCUGAAGAACUGAAAUUCCCACAGAAGAACGUUGUUUUUUAUUAACGUUCUCUGAACUAUUUGAGAACAUUCCCAAUUCCAAACCAGUUGGAGAACGUGCCUAAAACAUUACCAACAUGUAAAUUAUAUGUAACCAUGUUUCAACUUUAAAAGUAAUGAAAUACUAAGAAAAUUGUUUUUUUUUUCAAGUUCCUUAAACCGAUCCUGUAGAGGUUAAAUGUGCUGAGAAUGUUUCAUAGCCAAACAACUAUCCUGCACCAUUCCCAGAAAGUUGUGGGGAGGUUGAAUGCAAUUUAACCAUAGGACAACCACGCCCUCACCAAGCUCCAAGAAACAUACUGUUCUCAGAACUUUAUGUGCUAGCUGGGUUAUGUCACCUUGAGUACUGUUGUGUUUUAGAGUUUAGAUUGUUGAUUGCAGUAAAUGGAGCUGUUGUUGUAGCUCUAAUCGAUGUAAAUACACAGAAAGUUUUUUUUUUUUUUUUGCAUGCAUGUGUGUGUAUUUGCGUGCGUGCGUGUGUCACAGCCUUGAUCUCACACCCUAGCAAUCAGAAAUUACAACAUUCGAUAUGCUGUAAAUUACAUAAACACUUGCUAAAAGCAAACAAUGGCCCUGGGCAAACUGUAACUAUAAGACAACUGCAUCCAGGGAGAAAGAUAUCUGUGGAAAAAAUAGGUUUUAAAGGAAGAUAAGUGAGUGAUGGCUGAAUAGUUGGCAUGGGAAAGUUCUGAGUGGUUGAGAGGCUUUGAAAGUAAUAACGCUGGAAUCAUCAAGCAGUCCCCCCUUAGCAUUGACAAAAUAUCCAGCAUUUGAAGUCAUGUUGCUGUUUUCUCAAGUGUUGUACCAUUCAUUCAGUUCAGUCUCAGUGACUUCUUUUUCACAGAAUAGGGUGUCAGGUAAAAAAACACGCUUUGGUGAUGAAAUGUUACUUCCUUACAUUAUGUUAUAAAAUACAUUUUACAAAGACAAA